AAACACACACACACACACACACACACACACAAAACCAAACCCACAACCAAACCCUAGUGAGUGGGAUUGGCAAAUGGGAUUAUUAAUCCUGGCCCAGAAUAAAGGAGGCAGCAGACUCCAUGCAGACCCCUCGGAGAAAGGCAGCCUCCAGUCCCACACACCUACCUUCCUUGGAGGGCUGCCGCCUGGGGCUUUAAGCAGAUGGAGCUCAGAGCAGCUCCUUACAAGUGUGCUCCCUGCAGGAGAUUCGUGGGGGAUCCUUGCCUUCCUGUGUGCCACGCUCUGGAACCUGCCUGUGGUGCCUGCACUGAACAGCACGGACCAAGGGACCACCAGACACUCCAUCCAGCAGAUGUACGACCUCACUCGCUAUCUGGAACACCAGCUGCACACGCUUGCGGCCACAUAUCUCAACUAUUUAGGGCCACCUUUCAAUGAGCCGGACUUUGACCCUCCCCGGAUAAUUGGGGUGCAAGCUGUGCCAAGUGCCACUGUGGACAUAAAAGAGUGGCACAGCCUAAAUGACAAUGCACGGCUAGCAGCCAAUUACCAGGCGUACAGCCAUCUGCUGCGUCACCUGAGGACCAUGGAUGGAGCAGCUCCGGCUGCUGUGCCAACUUUGCACCACAGCCUAGCUCACUUCCGUGCCAGCCUGCAAGGGCUGUUGGGUUCUAUUGGUGCCAUCAUGGCAUCCCUGGGCUACUCGCUUCCCACUCCAGAGCCCCCACCUGUUACGCCUAAGCCUGCUUCUCCUAACUUCCUGCGCAAGAUGGAUGACUUCUGGCUGCUUAAAGAGCUGCAGACCUGGCUGUGGCGCUCAGCCAAGGACUUCAACAGGCUGCGAAAGAGGGUGCCACCUUCUGCUGUUAUGCUGCACCUGGACAGCAGGGGCUUCUGACCCUUGCCCAUCACCACUCUAUCUUCACCUCAUCCACUGUCCUCAUAACUGUUGCUCAAAGCCUAAAGGUUUUCAAAAGAUCUGAAUCCCUACAACAUCCUCCCCACCUAAUGACACACAAACACACAACAGUUUCCAAAACUGUAACACCCCCCCCCCCCCCCCACUCCUACCCUCUCAUGGUGCUGCACUGCUCUCUGUUAAGAAGCUGUGCCUUAAGGUGAGCAAACCCAUUCCACCAACCCUUUCCCUUUUGUUCUUUCUUCCCUCCUCCUUCUGGGUGUCCUAUAUUUCUUCACACACUUCCCAGAGGGGGCCAUUAAUUUUUUUAGAAGGAAAGGAAGAACCUUAUUCCCUCCUCCCACCUCAGUGAUGAGCAAUAAAGCCCUGGCUGCAGGGCAGCUAACAUCUGGCAGCCUCCACCUCUGACACUCAGCUCUCCUUGAAUUUGGCACUCACUCUCUCUCUCAUUCUCUCUUUCUCCUCCCUGCCCACCCCUCACCCCAGAGCCUGGUUCCUGCAUUCUCUCUUUCUCUCUCAGUCUCUCUCUUUAAAGGGCUAUGCCAAUUAGGAGCUUGGAAAGGGCUUUACUGAUCAAGCAGUUUUGUGGGAAGGCCAACUUGUUCAAGAUGAUGCUUAAGCUGGCCUUCUAGUUAAGCCAUAAACUCUUAACCAGGAAGGCCGCUCAACAGGAGGUGGUAACACGAGGCACAAAACAUAAGGGGGCAUGAUUAAGUGCAGGCAGUGGUGGUGAUUUCCCCCUCAGACUUUUUCCUUUCCCUCCUCAAACCCCCUCCCCAUCUCCACAACUCCAACCACAAGUGGCCAAGUUAAAAAGCCUUUCCUCUCCAGCUGUUCACUCAUGCCAUAUUCAUUGAAGUCAAGGGCUACAACAUUAUACCGGGGCCAUCAUCCAAGCCAACCCCAACGGGGGUUACCGCCUGCCUGUACCUUUCCCCACAAUGCUGUGGCAGGUGGGCUUGGUGAGGCUGUGCAGUUUACACUGUCACCAGGAGGGGAGGAAAGGGAGGAGAAGCCACCACGAGACCCCAUCCUUAUUCUGCCCCAACUCCGCUCUGUCCCCUUCCCCUUCUCUUCCUCCUCCCCCCCUACUGUCAGGUUGUGUUAUUCUCAGUUUGUCUGUAUUAAUAUUUAUUUAUUUUCAGAUGUUAUUUAUUAGAUUGUAUUUAUUGCAGAAUUUCUAUUCUUGUAUUAACAAAUAAAAGGCUUU